UUUCGUUCAGUCAACCACCCUCGCAUUCAAAAAAAAAGGUGACGAAAAUUUACAGCCAUUCAAUGAUUGUUCAAAAACGCACAAAAUUGACUCAUUCUUGGGCAACACCGCGAGAACAUUUCUUAUCAGCGCAGGGUAUCCCUCGUGGAACUGUUAUCAGGUCGGCAAGAUAAACCACAAAAAUCAUUCAAAUAGCAUUCACCGUGGCCUCCAACUAUCAGUCGUUUGCAAGUGCUCGCAGUGUUUGGACAAGAUGUUAUUCUACCUGGCGUUGGUGGCCGUCUCGCUGACCUUCUUCUGGGUCGGUCGGCGGUUCUCGUACUGGAAGCAGCUCGGAGUUCCGUACGUGGAAGCUAGCUUUCCGUUCGGAAAUCUGAAGGGGAUGAACAAGCGUCAUCUGGGGUAUAUCGCGCAGGAUUUGUACGUGAAGCUGAAGAGUACUGGGAAGAAGUUUGGCGGGGCGUUCUUCUUUGUGAGUCCGACGGCGUUGAUAUUGGAUCUGGACUUUGCAAAGGACGUUUUUGUGAAGGACUUUCAGUACUUCCACGAUCGUGGGGUGUACUGCAACGAGAAGGCGGAUCCCAUUACGGCACACUUGGUGACGAUGUCCGGCACGAAGUGGAAGAAUCUGCGGACGAAGCUGACGCCGACGUUCACAUCGGGGAAGAUGAAGAUGAUGUUCCCGACGAUUGUUGGAGUGGCGGAGGAGUUCCGGAAGGGAUUGCUGGUGGAGGCUGAGGCGGGAGGUGAAGUUGAGAUGAAGGAGUUUUUGGCGCGGUUUACUACGGAUGUCAUUGGGACGUGUGCCUUUGGGUUGGAGUGUAACAGCUUGAAGGAUCCGGAUGCGGAGUUCAGGAGGAUGGGCAAGAAGGCGCUGACGCUUUCGACGAUGGAUUUUCUGCGCCGGAUUCUGACCGUUACGUUCAAGGAUGUUGCCAUGAAGUUCAACGUUAGACUUUCGAAUCCAGAUGUGGCGAACUUUUUCAUGAAUGCCGUGCGGGAAACCGUGGAUUAUCGUGAGAAGAAUAAGAUCCAGAGAAAUGACUUCAUGGACCUGCUGAUCCGCAUGAAAAACGUUGAGCCGAUUGAGGGUGGUGAUCCGAAUCAAGUCGGACAGUUGACCAUCGAAGAAAUCGCAGCACAAUCGUUUGUGUUCUUCUUGGCUGGAUUCGAGACUUCCUCAACAGCUAUGACGUUCUGCCUGUACGAGCUGGCUCAGAAUCAAGAGCUGCAGGACAAGGCUAGAAAUAACGUGCUAGAUGUUCUCAAAGAGCAUGGAUCAAUCAGCUACGAAGCUGUUCACGACAUGAAGUACAUCGAGAUGUGUAUCAAUGAAUCCCUCCGCAAGUACCCUCCAAUCGCCAACAUUCUCCGCGAGGUCACCAAAGACUACCACGUGCCGGACAUGAACGUCACGCUCCCCAAAGGACACCGUGUCAUGCUCCCCAUCUACGCGAUCCACCACGAUCCGGAGUACUACCCCGUCCCAGACCAGUACGACCCGGAACGGUUCAAGCCGGCGGCGGUCGCCGCCCGUCACCAGAUGGCGUUUGUGCCGUUCGGGGAAGGACCGAGGGUUUGCAUCGGUCAGCGGUUCGGGAUGAUGCAGGCUCGCGUUGGGUUGGCCUAUCUGCUGAAGAACUUCCGCUUCCGGUUGUCGGAGAAAACAUCGGUUCCGUUGAAGAUUUUGGCUAGCAGUACAGUGCUGGCGACCCAGGGGGGGCUGUGGCUGCACAUUGAGAAGUUGUGAGGGAAUGGGGGGUUGUUGAGAGUGAAUUUUUGGGGUGAACAAAUGAGUGAAUGAAUGCGAGAGAGGAAAGUAAGCUUUUGGAAGUACUAGAAUGUAGGUACUGUGAGAAAGCUAACUGUCAAUCUAGUACGUUAGUUUGAAGAGAAAAGCUCGUUGUUUGGUAACAAUUGCAAUGCUUUGAAAAGUAAAAAUUAUCGUAACUUGAAGAAUAAUUUUGAACCGAUUUUUUUGUAUUGUAAAGAUGACAAACUAAAUAAAUACAUGACUUUUAAAUUAA